AACUGUGAUUUAUUUUGGGAUUUCUGUCAUCCUAGGUAUUUUGGAAAUAUUUGCUGUGUCUCAGGGGAUUGUAGGAAUACGAGGAGUUUUCAGCAACAAAUUUUUAGCGAUGUCACAAAAAGGAAAACUCCAUGCAAGUGCCCGGUUCACGGCGGACUGCCAGUUUCGGGAGCGCUUCCAGGAGAACAGCUACAACACCUAUGCCUCAGCCGUCCACCGCAGCCCGCGCUCGGGACGCCAGUGGUACGUGGCGCUCAACAAGCGGGGCAAAGCCAAGCGGGGCUGCAGCCCCCGUGCCCGGCCCCAGCACGUCUCCACACACUUCCUCCCCCGCUUUUG